AUGGUGCACCAUCAUCAUCGCCGCCGCGGCCUUCAGGCGAGCCAUCACUGCGCGGUCAGGAGGCGAGGCACUACACCCUCGCUACUCCAAGUGUUUCUGCUGAUACUCGGCCUCUGGCUACCGGUGCUGGACAACGGUGGCCUCGUCCUGGCCUGUGGACCAGGCAGGGGUGGCGGACGACGUCCGGGUCUGAGGAAACUCACGCCUCUGGUGUUCAAGCAGCAUGUGCCGAACGUUAGCGAGAAUACGCUGCCGGCAAGCGGACUCAGCGAGGGUCGCGUGUCCAGGCAUGAUUCCAGGUUCCGGGAUCUCGUGCCCAACUACAACGCGGACAUCAUCUUCAAGGAUGAGGAGGGUACCGGAGCCGAUCGACUGAUGACACAGAGGUGCAAGGAGAAACUGAACACCCUCGCAAUCUCCGUAAUGAACCAGUGGCCGGGGGUGAAGUUAAGGGUGACGGAGGGCUGGGACGAGGAGGGAAAACACGCGACGGAUUCUCUGCAUUACGAGGGACGUGCCGUCGACGUGACGACGAGCGAUCGGGAUCGCUCCAAGUACGGGAUGUUGGCAAGACUCGCCGUCGAAGCUGGUUUCGACUGGGUCUACUACGAGUCCAGGUCGCAUAUCCACUGCUCCGUCAAGUCUGAAUCCUCGUCCGCGGCGAAGUCCGGAGGCUGCUUCCCCGGCAGGAGUCUGGUGCGGACCGAGGACGGGUCGACGAAGAGACUGGACCAGGUGCAGCUGGGUGAUCGCAUCGCGGCGCUGGACUCAUCCGGAGACAUCGUGUACAGCGAGGUGAUCGCGUUUCUGGAUCGUUCUCUGACCGAAAGGAGGCAAUUCGUGCAGCUGACCACCGAGUCAGGCCGAGUGCUCACUCUGACCCCGGCCCACCUGGUCCCAGUUGAAGGCAGGUCCUCCGUGUUCGCUGGCAGAGUUCAGCCAGGUGACAAGAUCCUGGUGAAAGACCCGGCUGACGAGAACGAGGUGGAACAUCGUCUAAGAUGGGACAAGGUAGUCGACAACAGACUGGUCCUCGAAGAAGGCAUCUAUGCUCCUCUGACGACCGAGGGUACAGUGCUGAUAGACGACGUGGUUGCCUCAUGCUACGCGUUCGUGGACAACCAGGAAGUGGCCCAUAUAGCCUUCUUACCGUACAGAAUGUGGAGCAGCGUGAAAUCCUUCUUCGAGAGGAGGCUUCCCGGCUUAGAGGACUCUAGGUACCCAGACGUCAGGCAGGACUCUAGAACAGGACAAGAAGGUAUCCUGUGGUACGCGUCGUUCCUCUACUGGGUCUCGUCGUACGUCACGCCAACGAGGAUGCUGUAUCAAUGA